CAAAAGCGGACAGCUGGGACAUUUCUCCUAGUCAGUCAUUUCCCUCAGCGCAGGCAGAUGGAUACCUCAAGAGAGAUUAUGGAGUCUCAUAGGCAGACUUUGAAGCGGGUGACACUGCUGUCUUUGGGAAGAUACCACAUUUCUGAGGAGUAUGGCUUUCUUCUUCAGAAUCCUCUGAAAGAACUUCCCGAGCAGUACAGGCCUUGGAUGGAAAUCGCCAGUGAACUUCCUCAUUUAAUCGAGAGCCACCAGCUCCGGGCCCACGUGUACAAGAUGCCCCUCCUGGACUGCAGGUUCCUAAAGAGUCAUCGUGAGCAACGCCUCGCACACCUGGUACUGGCCGCUAUCACCAUGGGAUUCGUUUGGCAAGAAGGAGAGACCCAGCCCCCAAAGGUGCUGCCGAGAACUCUUGCCAUUCCUUUUGCUGAAGUCUCCAGGAAGUUGGGGCUCCCUCCCAUCCUGGUCCACUCUGACCUGGUGCUGACAAACUGGACCAAAAGGAACCCAGAAGGACCAUGGGAAAUCAGUAACCUGGAAACCAUCGUCUCUUUUCCCGGGGGAGAGAGCCUGCAGGCCUUCGUACUGGUGACCGUUUUGGUGGAGAAGGCAGCCGCGCCUGGCAUUAAGGCCCUGGUUCAGGGAGUGGAGGCCCUUCUGCAACACAACCGGGACACCCUGCUCCAGGCCCUGCAGCAGCUGAGACUCUCCAUCCAGGACAUGACCAAAGCCUUGGCCCAAAUGCACGAUUAUGUAGACCCAGACAUAUUUUACACGGUCAUCCGGAUCUUCCUCUCUGGGUGGAAGGACAACCCAGCCAUGCCUGAAGGGCUGGUCUAUGAGGGUGUGGCCACGGAGCCUUUGAGGUACUCGGGAGGGAGUGCAGCCCAGAGUUCUGUGCUUCAGGCCUUCGAUGAGUUCCUGGGCAUUCAGCAUUGCAAGGGAGGUGUAGACUUUCUGCACAGAAUGAGAGACUACAUGCCACCUUCCCAUAAGGCCUUCCUGGAGGACCUGCAUUCAGCUCCUUCGCUGAGGGACUAUGUACUGACCUCUGGUGCUGGGUGCUGCCUGAUGGCCUACAACCAGUGUGUGGAGGCGCUGGCGCAGCUGCGCAGUUACCACAUCAAUGUGGUGGCACGUUACAUCAUCUCCGCUGCUUCCAGGGCCAGGAGCAAGAUGCCGAGCCAUCCCUUGCCCCAUGCCUUAGAGGACAGGGGCACUGGGGGAACUGCAGUGCUGAGCUUCCUGAAGAGCGUCAGGGAGAAGACCAUGGAGACCACCCUGAACCCUAAUGCUUAACAGUUCACACCCCGCAUCCUUGUGAUUAGCAGUUCACACCCCACAUCCUUGUGCUUAGCAGUUCACACCCCACAUCCUGUGCUUAGCAGUUCACACCCCACACCCUUGUGAUUAGCAGUUCACACCCCAAACCCUUGUGCUUAGCACUUCACACCCCACAUCCUUGUGCUUAGCAGUUCACACCCCGCAUCCUUGUGCUUAGCAGUUCACACCCCACAUCCUUGUGCUUAGCAGUUCACACCCCUCAUCCUUGUGCUUAGCAGUUCACACACCCGCAUCCUUGUGCUUAGCAGUUCACACACCACACCCUUGUGCUUAGCAGUUCACACCUCACAUCCUUGUGCUUAGCAGUUCACACCUGCAUCCUUGUACUUAGUAGUUCACACCUGUAUCCUUGUACUUAGCAGUUCACACCCCACAUUCUUGUUUUUAGCAGUUCACACCCUGCAACCUUGUACUUAGCAGUUCGCAACCUUGUACUUAGCAUUUCACACCCUGCA